UUGUACAUUCAAAGUUCCAUCGGCGUGAAAAACGCGCGACACUUGCAGAUAAUAAAUAUUAUUUGUAUUUUAUAUAUAAAAUAACAAUAUUAGUUAUUUAAUUAUCGACUCUUUGUGAAGUGUAAGUUUCGUCGUUCUUUACAAAACAGGAAUCUACAGCGCAACAAUGGGUGAACUGGGACACAAACUUGGAUUGGAUGAGCUGGCGGGAGGCGCCGUGGGAAUCAGCAAAGCUUUGUUGGCCGAGUUUAUCGGAAAUCUCCUCUUGAAUCUCUUCGGUUGCGGGGCGUGUAUAAACGUGACCCAAGGUGUGGAUGCAGCGCCCAACAUCGUACUCAUCGCAUUCAGCUUUGGUCUAGCUGUAUUUGCUGCUGUUUCAGCCAUAGGCCACAUAUCAGGAGGUCACAUUAACCCAGCUGUAACAGCUGGUAUGUUGGCGACCGGACGCGUCAAAUUGGCUCGUGCUAUCCUCUACGUAGUAGCACAGUGCGCGGGUGCAGCCGCCGGUUCUGGACUACUCAAGGCCUUCACGCCGGAUAGGGCUGCGGGCAAGUUGGGCGUCACAGGCCUCGGGACGGAAGUGACGUCACUACAGGGCUUUGGCAUUGAGUUCUUCCUGGGAUUCGUACUAAUCUUCGUUGUUUGUGGGGUAUGUGACCCAAACAAACCGGAUAGCAAAGCCACUGCUCCUCUUGCGAUUGGUCUAACUGUGACCCUGGGCCAUUUGCUGGCUGUGGACUAUACUGGAUCAGCCAUGAACCCAGCUCGCUCCUUCGGCUCCGCUCUCGUCGCCAACGAGUGGGCUGAUCAUUGGGUAUACUGGGCUGGUCCGAUGGCUGGUGGAGUCGCUGCUGCCUUGUUAUACGUCCAUGGCUUCUCCGCACCUCCAGUUGACAUCCCUCCCCGGUACAGGCCCGUUGCUGGUGACGAAAAAGAGCUCAAGAGAUUGGAUGGUAAGGGCGAAGAUUUGGCGUGAGAGCGUCGCUGGCAGUCUCGCCCUGCCAUCGGCAUAUCGGUACCCAGCGAUACUCGAUACCGUACAUACGAAUACAAUACUGCCACCGACACAAAUGUCCAAGUGAAAUUUCUAUCACGCACUUCUCUUCCAAUUAAUUAAGGUUUUAUAUCGUUUAUGUACUCAGUUUGAAUGUGUGUUUAUAGAUUUGUGUAUUUUAAUGGAACCUGUUUAAUAUAUAAACAUGUUAUUUUUAA